AUGGAGGAUAUUCUGUGUUUGACAUUUGCUGACAUGGCUGAACAAUCAAAGAAGCGUAGAAAGUACAGUAACAAUAAAAGUAUACUGGUUGUCAAUGACGAAUGGGGGACUGCUAAAGGUGGCAUAUCAACGAUAAACCGAGAAGUAGCAAUCACUGCAGCCAACAACGGCAUUGAUGUCCAUGCACUAACACUAAGCACUACGUCAGAAGAUAAAGAUGAUGCAUUCGAAAAUGGAGUCACGCUUAUCACGCCAAAAAUUAAGAAACACCUUCAAGACAAAGAUCCUAGGCCAGACUGGUUCGUACUGCACGAGUCUUUCUUCCCGACUUUAGGUUGCAAUGUUACUGGAGUUGAAACAAUAAUCGGCCAUUUGCCAAUCACUGGCAAUGAAGCCAUAUCAUUGAAAGAAGAACUUUUCCCAGGCAAGAAACUUGUCCUGUUCAAUCACGUGAUCCCCGAGGACAUCGAACCGUAUAAAGAUGGUUGGACCCCAGAAAAAGUACAGAAUAGGGAGAGGGCGCUCUUCGAAAUCGCUGCUAAGGCAGAUGUAGUGUUCUCAGUAGGACCGCGGAUGUACAGACAUUUCGAGAAUAAAUAUCGUGCAUACACAUCAAAGACAGUGUGCCACAAGAAAUUUCUUCCACAGCCAAGUAAAAGGUUCUUCGACAUAGAAAUACGGAAACCAAAGGACGACGGACAAAUGCAGAUUCUUACAUUUGGUCGCAUUUUGGGCGUUGAGGAGUUGAAAGGGUAUGACAUCGUUGCCAAGGCAGUAGGGCGAGCGGUGAAGACCUUGCGCAAAGUAAAACCGCAGUGUUCACCAGUCUGGGUCAUCCGUGGUGUCCCAAAAGAGGAACAUCAACAGACUAGAGAGUUUCUCAACAAAUCACACGACUGUGAUUUUCUAGAGAUAAAACUAUAUCCCUAUGGAACCCAGGAUGAUAUACGUAUGGACCUAAAACAGAGCCACGUCUGUGUUAUGGGUUCCAGAUCAGAGCCGUUUGGUUUGGUCGGCAUGGAAGCGAUAGCAUCGGGACUACCCGUCCUUGUUACUGCCAACUCGGGUCUUGCAGAUUUCCUGUACGAGUCGUUUCGCCUUGAGGCUAAAGAAAUGGUAGUAGACGUCGGUGUCGGUGAAAUAGGAACAGGAAAAGACAUAGAAAUCUGGGCUGACAGAGUUACACAGAUCCUUAUGGAUUAUGACUAUGCCUUUAAAUUUGCUCAGCGAAUGAAAAAAUCAUUGCAGAAUUGCGACGCUAUUAACGACUCACAAAUAGAGUUCCGUAGAUUUUGCUUUUAG